CCUGGCGGGCGGGCGCGCGGGUGUGCGUGUGAGUGUGUGCGCGUGUGCCGGCGCCGACCUUGCGGAGGGGAUGCUGCGUGCGGGAGCCGCUUGCCACUUCGGCGGGUCCUGGCCGCACGGGCGGCGGGAGCUGCGGUCCUGCGAGUCCAGCAGCAUGUGGAUUAACUGAUGUCGGACAAAUACAUGGAGCCAGCCUUUUGUAACCUGCUCUUCCAGCAAUUUCUAAGAAGAAAAAGGAGCUCUUAAAUCUAAGAAAAUGCCUCGAACGAAGCAGAUUCAUCCCAGAAAUCUCCGAGAUAAAAUUGAAGAAGCACAAAAAGAGCUUAAUGGGGCAGAAGUUUCCAAAAAAGAAAUCCUAGAGGCUGGUGUUAAAGGAGCCUCUGAGUCUCUCAAAGGUGUGAAACGAAAAAAGGUUGUUGCUGAGAAUCACCUGAAAAAAAUACCAAAAUCCCCCUUGAGGAAUCCUCUUCAGACAAAACACAAGCAAAACACAGAAGAGUCAUCGCUCAGUGUUGUCCAGAAUGCAUCAGAGGCUCAUAAGAAACACAACUGUGUCCCUGCUAAAAAUGGGAAGCAAUGUACCAAGCAAAAUGGAGAAACACUUGGGAUGACUGCUGAGGCCUCGAAAUCUGAAGACUCGGUCUCCCCAAAGAAGGCCUCAUUUCCUCACCAUCGGUCAGAGCUGCGGAGAUGGAGGUCGGAAGGCUCAGACCCAGCUAGGCUCCGUGGUCCUGAUGGACAGCGGGACUCCAGCUCCUCACCUAGUAAAUCCAGGACUGACAAUAGUGAAUGUAGCUCCCCUUGCUGUAGCACCACGCCCCUCUCCUAUCCAAGUACUGCCUUCGAUGUCUUACUGAAAGCAAUGGAGCCAGAAUUGAGCACCUUGUCACAGAAGGGCUCGUCUUGUGCAAUUCAGACAGAAAAACUGAGACCAAAUAAAACUGUACGAUCCCCUUCUAAAUUAAAGAACAGUUCCCUGGACGCCCCAAAUCCUACUUCCCAAGAAAUGGUUGGCGAAUCACAGUGUUCUCCGUGUCCCUCAUACCCGGUACAUGUGGCCUCAGCUGAGAAGAGUGAGCCAGUGGCAGCCCAGUCUGUUUCUCACCUGUAUAACCCACACGACCACCUUGUUCCCAAACCUCGCCACCAGAAUCAGCAGCUUCCGGGACGUCUGGGCUUAACAGGCUCGCUGACAGAUCUGCACGCCCAUGAGAACACUAAACUUGAACCCGUCUAUAAUAUAGCAAUGACAUCAGCUGUAGGUCUCACUACUCCUUCCAGUAGAACUCAGGUUACUCCUCCACACCAGCAAAUGGAUUCCGUGUCCCCUUCGUCAGUGAGCCCCACCAGCUCCACGCAGUCACCCCCAGGGCCAGUUUACAGCUCAACCCACGUCACUUCUGCUGUCAGUCAGAGUGUGGAGCAAAUGUGCAAUCUUCUUCUGCGAGAUCAGAAGCCUAAAAAGCAAGGCAAAUACAUCUGUGAGUACUGCCAUAGGGCAUGCGCCAAGCCCAGUGUGCUGUUAAAGCACAUCCGCUCUCACACUGGUGAGCGGCCCUACCCCUGUGUGACCUGUGGGUUCUCAUUCAAGACUAAAAGUAAUCUAUAUAAGCACAAAAAAUCCCAUGCACACACUAUCAAACUGGGUCUCGUCUUACAGCCAGAGGCUGGUGGAUUGUUCCUGUCCCAGGAGUGCCCCAAAGCACUUAGUGUCCAUUCAGAUGCUGAAGACAGUGGUGAGAGUGAGGAGGAGGGGCCUGGAGGCGGGAGGCAGAAUGACCCUGGGGUCAUGGACCUACAACCUGUGCAAAUAAUGAAGACGAUAUCAAAUCCUGAAGCUUUACCCAAAUCUAUUUCAAGCAGUUCAGAUCAUGUGGUCAGUGGCUUCUCUUCACAGGACAGACCUUCGGAGUCACAAGCCCUGACAGAGUUACCCAAAGUUGUGGUCCACCCCGUAAGUGUUUCCACACUCAGAACUGACGGUCCGCAGGGGGCCAGUCCCAAGCCUGAACUUCCUAGCACACAGAAGCAGAAGGACCUUCAUGUUGCAAACGUACUGUCACAGCCAGCCGGUGUAUCUUCCCUAGAGACAGAUGAGAAGUUCCACCAGAAAGGGGAUGUGAUUCAGUCAGAAGGGAAGCAGGAGCCUCACGGUGGGACAGCACAUGCGCAGCUGCAGAGGCAGCAGGCCACAGACGACCCCCAGGAGCAGCAAGGAAAGCUGCUCCUGAGUCCACGGAGCUUAGGAAGCACAGAUUCUGGCUACUUCUCACGUUCUGAAAGUGCUGAUCAAGCUGUGAGUCCACCGACGCCAUUUGCCAGAACUUUUCCCGUUGUGGAUCCAGACCCAGCUAAGAACAGUGGACCUCCAGGGCCUCGAAUCAGCGCUCCAGCACCUACGGCUUCGGCCACUGUCGAGAAGUCAUCAGUUUUAGCAGGCCAGAUGCGCCCACCCUUGGCAAGCAAAACUCUGGAGGAAAGGAUUUCAAAGCUGAUCUCUGACAAUGAAGCCCUAGUCGAUGAUAAGCAACUGGAUAGUGUGAAACCCCGGAGAACCUCACUUUCCAGACGGGGAAGCAUUGACUCCCCCAAAUCAUACAUAUUUAAAGAUUCCUUCCAGUUUGACCUAAAACCAAUGGGUCGGAGAACAAGUUCCAGCUCUGAUAUACCAAAGUCCCCGUUCACCCCGACUGAGAAGUCAAAGCAGGUGUUCCUCUUGUCCGUUCCUUCCUUGGACUGCCUGCCUAUUACGAGGAGUAACUCCAUGCCAACCACAGGAUAUUCAGCAGUCCCUGCAAAUAUAAUCCCUCCCCCUCCUCCUCUAAGAGGAAGCCAGUCAUUUGAUGAUAAAAUUGGCACCUUUUAUGAUGAUGUUUUUGUGUCAGGACCCAACCCGUCCAUGCCCCCGAGCGGACAUCACCGUCCCCUGGUCAGACAGGCUGCAGUGGAAGACUCUUCAGCCAGUGAGAAUCACAUGCUGGGCUCUGGACAGUCUGUGGAUGAGAACUGUCAAGGAUGCCCAGCCACCAGUGAGCCCGGGCCAGUGCAGAGCAAAGCAGCCCAAGCCCCUCACCUGGAAAAGAAGAAGUCCCAUCAAGGACGUGGGACCAUGUUUGAGUGUGAAACCUGUCGAAACAGGUACCGGAAACUGGAGAAUUUCGAGAAUCAUAAGAAAUUUUACUGCUCGGAGUUACAUGGGCCCAAAACAAAGGUAGCCAUGAGAGAGCCGGAGCACGGCCCUGCGCCUGGUGGGACACAACCCCAAGUUCUCCACUACAGAGUUGCUGCUCCCACGGGUGUGUGGGAGCAGACACCCCAGAUAAGGAAGAGGAGGAAAAUGAAAAGCGUAGGCGAUGAUGAGGACCUGCAGCCCCGCGAAAGCAGGACAUCUCCAGAAAGCGCUGAAGUCCUUCAGCUGCGGCCUGCCCCGGGCUCUGCUCCCAGCCCAUCCAAACACGCCACUGCCACAGCAGGUGACCAGGCACACAGGGGCGUCCAGCUGCAGAGCUCUCCUGUUCAGCUUGUGGCCAGAGUCCCCGAGCAGGCCCUGCACCUAAAGCAGUGCCCUGUGGUUGAACAGCAGCCCAAUUCUGCAGCUCAGGACAAGAUGGAGGUGAAGAGGCAAGGGGGUGGCAUCUCUGUCAUCCAGCACACCAACUCCCUGAGCAGGCCUAGUUCAUUCGACAAGCUGGAUCCCCUGGAAGGAGGCACCACCUUUUCCUUACAGGAGCUAGGCAGAACCGGGAUGCCUGGGGCUCUGAAAGUGAUAGGGAUCUCCCCAGAGGAAGGCCACCCAUCUCGGGAUGUCACACAUCACACAGCACUGUCACAUGCUCUUAGAGGAGAGCCACGGGAAAGUUCUAGAAAGAUUCUAAGUGAGCGGUAUGUGUUAGGGCAGCCUUUGAGACUGGUCCGGCAGCACAACAUCCAGGUCCCAGAAAUUCUGGUCACCGAAGAGCCAGACCGGGACCUGGAAGCCCAGGGCCAUGACGAAGAAAAGUCAGAGAGGUUCAGUUGGCCUCAGCGCAGUGAAACCUUAUCAAAGCUGCCAACAGAGAAGCUGCCACCCAAAAAGAAAAGGCUCCGGCUGGCUGAGAUAGAGCAUUCUUCAACCGAGUCAAGCUUCGAUUCCACUCUCUCCCGGAGUCUCAGCAGAGAAAGUAGCUUAUCCCAUGCAUCCAGCUUCUCGGCCUCCUUAGACAUAGAAGAUGUUUCUAAAGCAGAGGUACCCCCCAAAAUCGAUUUUCCAAAUAAAGCAGAGUUCCUUUUGAUUCCACUGGGCUCGAACACACUGAGUGUCCCUGGAAGUCACCGGGAAAUGAGGCGUGCUGCAUCAGAGCAGAUCAGUUGCAUGCCCACGUUGAUGGAGGUCUCUGAUUUCAGAAGUAAGUCAUUUGACUGUGGGAGCAUUACUUCUUCUCAGGCAUCGGCGGCAGCAUUUGUUGAAUCACAGCCCUCCAACUCCCCAUCUGGUGUUGGAGGCACCGGACAUGUGCCCCUUUUGGAAAGGAGGCGGGGUCCCCUGAUCCGGCAGAUAUCUUUAAACAUAGCUUCUGAUAGUCACCUGUCUCCUGUUAGUGCAUCAUCUUUCCAAAAUACUGCUCUUCCAAGUGUGAAUGCAGUGCCGUUUCAGGGUCCGAGGCUUCCCGAUGUGUCUUCCGCUGAGCUUCCUGCACAUUCUGUGCACUCCCAGGCCCUGGUUAAGGAUCUUCAGCCAGAAAUGUCAAGUUCUAGCUCUACCAACACCUUUCCUCCUCAACAGCUUUUUGGUGUCCAUUUAUUAAAUAAAACUCAUGCACCCCUUAGUCACCAAAACACAGCACUGUCUCUGCCAGCAUCUGCACAGGGCGGCAAACCAGGUGCGCAUCCCAACGUGUGUGUGUCUUCUACAGGCGAGGGUAGCUUUGCUCCUAAGUACCAGCUUCAGUGUCAAGCAUUCACUUCUGGCCAGGGUUGCUCUUCUCUCUCUCCUUUGCAUUCUAAUCAAGUUCUUCCAGAUCAAACCGGAGCAGAUCCGGGGGUAGCUUCAGUAGCACUGUCAGCCAAACUAGUCGAUCCUGUAUCUAAACCCUGUUCUCUGCCAUCACUGGAGCUCAGGCCACCAAACGAUCAGGUGCAGAAGGGACCGCCAUCCUUCAUGCUGCCAGUGCCCCAACAGAGUAAUGUUCCUAUGUACUGUUUUGCCACUGUCACAUCUCUGCCACAAAUCUUAGUAACCCAUGAUCUGUCCAACAUGCCAAUUUGCCAAGCUAAUGAAAGUAUAGUGCCAGUCAACGAAGAACAAAAUUCCAUGCCAAAAUCACAGAACCAUCUCCAAAGUGCAUUGCCAACAGCAGAGAAAGAUCUUGCAUGCAAGAAUGUUCUUCCAGAGAUGGGCCAAAACACAUCCGUUUCAGAAUCCUUGACCACAGUUCAGAAGACGUCUGUUGGUAGACUCUCCCCACAACAAGAAUCCUCAGCCUCAAGUAAAAGGAUGCUUUCCCCAGCAAACAGUUUAGACAUUGCCAUGGAAAAGCAUCAGAAGCGGGCCAAAGAUGAGAAUGGAGCAGUUUGCAGCGCCAACAUUAGACCCUUGGAGCUGCCGAGUUCCGGAGCUGGUGAGGGCACUAAGCAGAAGAAGCCGGUCCUGGUCAGGCAGCUGUGUACCAUGGAGCCCCUUGAAGGAGGGCCACUAGAGCAGGACGCGUUUUCUGCACCUGAAGGGAGCUGCGAGACUGCCAGUUUGACACAGGAGGAUUUGUCAUCAGGACCCUCUACGUUUGUAGUCACAGACCGUGUCAUUGAACUGCAGGAGGUUAAAAAUACCAAGUCAUCCACAUCGCUGACUCCUACAGUGCAAAAUUCGCCUGUCCCUUUGGAAAGUGCCUGUGUUUUGCCUUUGAAAUCUAUGGACAACAACCAGGAAAAGGAGUCAGCAGGGCUUAAACAUCAAGAGAACAAAGCCGACACCCAAGGGCAGAGUCAGCUUUCAAUCCCUGGUCUUUCAUUGUUAAGCAGUUCAGACACUCAGCCAUCAUUCCCCAGCCUCAAGACUGCAACCAGCUUUACAUGGUGUUACCUGUUAAGACAGAAGUCAUUGCCCUUGUCUCAGAGUAGCCAGAAAACUUCAGCCUACACUGGAUGGACAGUGAGCUCCAGUAACCCCAAUCCACUUGGUUUGCCUACAAAAGUUGCUCUUUCUCUUCUUAAUUCUAAACAGAAGACUGGAAAGUCACUGUAUUGCCAAGCAAUAACCACCCAUUCAAAAUCAGAUUUAGUGGUCUAUUCAAGCAAGUGGAAAAACAACUUAAGCAAGAGAGCAAUAGGUAAUCACAAGUCCUCAGUAGUUGAAUUCAGCAAUAAAGAUGACUCUGAAAUUAACAGUGAGCAAGAUAAAGAAAAUUCCUUAAUCAAAAGUGAACCAAGAAGAAUUAAAAUAUUUGAUGGAGGAUACAAGUCAAAUGAGGAUUAUGUGUACGUCCGAGGCAGGGGACGAGGAAAGUACAUUUGUGAAGAAUGUGGAAUCCGUUGUAAGAAACCUAGCAUGUUAAAGAAACACAUACGAACCCACACAGAUGUCCGCCCCUACCAUUGCACAUACUGUAACUUCUCCUUCAAGACGAAAGGAAAUCUGACAAAACACAUGAAGUCCAAGGCACAUAGCAAGAAGUGUGUGGAUUUAGGCAUCUCGGUGGGUUUAAUAGAUGAGCAAGACACAGAAGAAUCAGAUGAAAAGCAAAGAUUCGGUUAUGAGCGGUCUGGAUAUGAUCUUGAAGAAUCAGAUGGCCCCGAUGAGGAUGAUAAUGACAAUGAAGAGGAUGAUGAGGACAGCCAGGCAGAGUCUGGCCUCUCAGCAGCACCCUCAGUCACAGCCAGCCCACAGCAUCUUCCAUCCAGAAGUGGCCUUCAGGAUCCUGGGAGUGUAGAAGAGGACCUUAGGGUUCCCAGUUGCUUCUCAGGGGCACACACAGACCCCAUGGACAUUCUGCCUAGAGCGUUACUCACUAAGAUGACUGUCCUCAGCACAGUACAGAUUGAUCCCAACAGGACAGAUUUACCAGCAAAGGCCACGCAGCAUACUGCAAAAGAUGAGCAUGAAAUAGUUCCUCAUGUAGACACUUCCAGGUCCCCAGAGGUUACCCCCAGGUCUCCUGGCCAUCAGAUGUCUGUGGAUUACCCUGAAUCUGAUGUUCUGAAAAGUCCUACAGCUGCAAAGACUGUUGCUUCAAUACAGGAUUCACCAUCUGUAAGACUUCCGCCUGCUGUAGCCCAGCUCAACCCUCAGCCAGCAGCCAGGAUUCCUUCCUCAGUCUCACCUCACCCCGACAGUCAAGAACCGAAGCAGCAAAUAACCUUGCAUCCGCCUCCAGGCUUGCCUUCCUCUCAGACGCAUUUGUUCAGCCACCUCCCCUUGCAUUCCCAGCAGCAAUCAAGGACCCCAUACAACAUGGUUCCUGUUGGCGGUAUUCAUGUGGUGCCUGCCGGCCUCACAUACUCCACUUUUGUACCCAUUCAGGCCGGGCCAAUGCAGCUUACCAUCCCUGCUGUGAGUGUCAUUCACAGAACCAUGGGUACCCCUGGGGAUACCAUCACGGAAGUUUCUGGCACUACUAGUCGCCCCACCGGAGUGGCUGAAUUGAGCAGUGUUGUGCCAUGCAUUCCCAUCGGCCAAAUCCAUGUGCCAGGCCUGCAGAACCUAAGUCCCCCAGCCUUGCAGUCGCUCACGUCCCUGGGUAUGGAAACGGUCAAUAUCGUGGGCCUGGCCAACGCCACCGUGGGCCCGCAGGUGCACCCCCCAGGCCUGGCCCUCAAUGCAGUGGGGCUCCAGGUUCUGGCUAAUGCGCCUGCCCAGAGCAGCCCCGCCCCACAGGCACACAUUCCAGGUCUCCAGAUCCUCAACAUCGCCUUGCCCACCCUGAUCCCCUCGGUCGGCCCAGUGGCUGUGGGCAGCGCGGGGACCCCUGAGACUGCGGCUUCCAACAGCAAAGCGCCCGAGCUGCAGACGCCCGCAGGCCAGGGACACAGCGCCGAGCCACCUCAGGGGUCACCCGAAGGCCCUCAGGAAACCCCCAAAACAGUGCCCGGCCCCUCGGCAGACCACGCAAAGCCUGAAGGCCCAAACAAAAUGGACACCACCAAGAAGGCGGUCUCAGUGAGUCACGUGUUGCCCGGGCGCUCCUCUGCGCAGGCGCAGCCGACACCCACGCCGGAAGCUAUACAGAAGGCCCCAACUUCAGGCUCUCCAUCGCUCCCCUCAGACAGACCAGCUCUCAGACCCCCAGGGCCCCACAGGCAACCCAUCGUGCACUUCAGCGACGUGAGCAGUGAUGAUGACGAGGACAGGCUUGUCAUAGCAACCUAGUGGUUUAUUUUUUAUUGAUUUUUUUUAAUAACAGGUUUUUUUGAAAACCCUUUCCUUAAAGCACAUUUUUUCUGACAUAAACUCAUGACUAAUCUUUGUGCAAUCAUGAACUUUUGACCAAUAAUUGUUGUUUUGUGUCAACUCCAGCCAUUUUUGUACAUGUUGUAUAGACAAUUGUGCCUUUUAGGAGUUUUAUGUUUAGAAUCUGUACAGAUGGUUGAAUGUCUAUAUACAUACAAAUAUGUUAUAUAUGUAUAUGAAAACCAGGUAGUUGUGUUUAGUAGAAACCUGUCAAAUAAAUCAGAUGAUUAAAUUAUAUGUUGCACUGUUAAAUAUAAAUUUUUAUGGCUGUGGGGCAGUUUCUGUGUAUAAAUUAGUAUGUAAACCCCAUAUUUAUUGUAUUCAUAUUAGUCUUUGCAAAUGGAUCUGUCAUUGUGUAAGACAGUAACUGUACACUUCAGGCAGAUUUUCUGUGUUACGAACUGUUUCAGUAAAAUACUGUUUACCGAC